AGUUCGACGAGCAGAUCAUUAGGGUAGGUCUGUUCAGGGUAUGUUUGACAUUGUCAGGAACUGUCAGGGGCACACAGUUCGAUUUUAAAUUAUCCGCAUAACAUUGCGCGAAAUCUACGCGCUAUGUGAAAUUUCCGAAUUGUUUCGAAGUGCCUCGAGAUCGAGAUAUUCGUCGAGGCAAGGCUACAGCUUGAGCGGCGCGAAGAGGUUAGAUUUAUCCUUUGAUACUUACAAGGUAGAAACAUGUCAGACAAGGAGUCGAACGAUGAGAUCCAAGUGAUAGCCGAAAAACUGCAUAACGUCACGACCAUCGAGCCAGCGUACAACAAUACUCCGCCACAGCAACAGCAUCAGCAACAGCAGCAGGCAAAGAGUACACAGAAAAACAAUAAUAACGUUGUAGUGCGUCAUCCUGCAGAUAGUAAAAAGCCUGAUGCCGUCACUACCACAGCUACCGCGGAGGAGUACGUUUUUAUAAGAAACGUCCCUGAACUCAAUUUGCCUGAGAAGAUUUUAUUUGUUAUCGACACAGUGAGGGAGCAGCAAUGCACGCCUUUCAAACUGGGUACGGGUGCGACAUACCUACCUCUGUUCAUGAUAAAACGUGUGGUGGAGAACUUUAUUGGCGCAAAGUCCACCAUACAGCCUGGGGUGCAUGAGUAUGCGCUAAUGAGCCUGGAUUCACACGGUGCUUCCUGGCUAUGCGACUACACCAGUAACACAAAAACUAUUCUCAAUCAUCUAGAGGGUAUCACGGAAGAUGUACCAGACGAGGAACAAAGGACCUAUGAUUUGGGGCUGCUAUUUGAGAUGAUACACUCUCGAGUAGCAACACCGGUGAGAAGCCAACCGACGUUCACCUCGCGUGUUAUCUUCAUAUAUGGACGAUCAAAUUCCGUUCCGAAGUUCCACAGUGGACAGAAGUAUCUAGAGAAUCUAACAGAGAACCCAUACUUCUUCUUGGACGUGCUGUUCGCCCACGAACCACCUAGCGAUGACAAUAUGUGCGAGGCGGUGUACGCCGAAAUCGCAGCUUUAGACACAACGAAUUUCUCUUAUAUCUUCGAAGUAGGUAGGAAUGCUGCUAAAAUACACGAUAAUAUGGCAAAGCUCUUAGCACAUCCGUUGCAACGGCCACCACAGAAGGAUGCUUCAUAUACUCUUUAUUCAAUGACGGCCAAUCAGGAAGUACACACUAAUGUAUAGUGCCAUGUAUAUUUGUUAGUGUUAGUAGGUAACUUAUUUUCAUGGAAAAGUUUGCAUAUUUUUCGUUGGAUAAGAUUUACCUUAUUAAUAUGAUAUAAUUUGAAGGAAAUAUUAUAUUUGCUGGUACCAGUAACAUCUUUUAUAGUGAUCCUAAAGGUGUUUAUUUUGCCGAUUUAGUAGGAUUUAUAUACGGAUGAUUUAUGUUAUUGGCAUCAGUAGAACAGUGACUUUGCAGCUGUUGUAAAAUUCUUUAAUAUGAUUGGUUUGUACAUUUAGAUCUGUGAGGAACUAAGGAUAAGAACCAAUCAUAUUAAAAAGAUCUUUCAACGGACAUUGCAAAGCUUUUUUUGCUGAACAUAGGCAUUGACUGCGUUUAACAAAAGAAACAGUUUUGCAACUGUUGUACAAUUUUUUAAUACUGGCCUCGCUUUUAAUUUCUCACUGGAUCUAAAUAUAUAAACCAAUCGUGUUAAAGAAUCUCACAAUAGUUGCAAAUUGACGCUACACAUUAUUACAUCAGUCUCACACCACACACAUACAUACAUACAAAUUUGCUAACUAGUCUUUCAUAUUAAGUAUCUAAGCCUAAUUCUAAG